UUCAGUCUGGUGCGUACUUUUGUAAUUGUGUUUCUCAUUCCCAUGUAGUGAUUCUCAUUAGCAUAUAAAAAGCGGGUGACACGAAUUCACUCUAAUAGAUUGCUUGCGUGCAAAUGUUCUCUUCACGUCACGGACAUGACACCGAAGUCAUGUCAAUCACGAAUGAUAUACUGUAUCAACUUUCCUCCAAGAUCAGGCUCUCUAAAUCCGUUAGCGUAACUAACUGAGGCUAUUAAUUGGCUCUCUACAAGAUCUCAAGGUGGCUUCCUUCUUGUCCUUGUUGUUCUAUAUGUUUCUUAUGGUUCCUGCCAGUCCAGUGAUGAGCAAGGCUGACUAUCGGUCGGUUAUGCCAGCUGAACGAAUCUGCAAACCAGGGCCGCCAUUGAAAGCAACGAUUGGAAAGACGAACUGUCUUGUUAUUGGUGAUUCCAUCAGCAAUGGUUACACUCCGUGGGUCGCCAGAAUGUUAGGUGAUGACUAUCAAGUCCAGCAUGCUCCUUGGGACAGACGAGACGGAGGAGCAAAGGACUCUGCGUAUGGUCUACAAUGCCUGGGCUUGUUUCUGCAGACCGCCAUGUUAGAACCAACAAGAUAUGAUGUUAUUAUCUUCAAUUUCGGUAUGCAUGAUAUAAACUAUAACGGCAAAUGGUCAGCGGAAUACAUCACACCAGCUGAGUAUGCUAAAAAUCUAAGAGCUAUAACAUCAAUACUGUUAUCAACUGGGGCUAAGGUAGGGUACGUUCUCACAACGCCGGUGCCUUGGAAUGCUACGCUGAAUGAUCGCGUCAUACAGUACAACAACAUAGCACGUGGUAUGAUGAAAGAUAAUCCAACUGUGGCUACCGCUGACUUGUACACCUGGGUGAUCGAAGUCUGCGGAGUUCCGCCUUAUUUCAACUGCAUUAUCGCUGGCAAGCAGCCGAGCCCGCACUACACUGCACAAGGAUAUGAGUACUUAAGUGAGAGGGUAAAAGAUCUAAUCAAAGAUCUUACUCCAGAACGUGAUGAGAGUCCUCGCUUUUGGAAAAGACAAGAAUUAUUUUGGUCAAAGAGAGAAAAUCCAGUUCCCUGCAAGAACAAGUCUGGCGAUGUGGUGACAGUGUGUCCAUAUAACAGCACGUGCUGUAACGAAAGGUAUUCCGUAACAGGACAAGGAUGUUGUCUCACACCAAACGCCGUCCCGUGUGGGGACGAGUUGCACUGCUGUCCCGCAGGUUACAAGUGUGAUCCGGCCUGUUCAAGAUACGAGUGUUCCUGUCAAGAGACGCGAUGAACGACGCAUUGGAAAAGGCUGUUGUUUGUCAAGUUUGCUGCCUGACUUGUCAAAAUGAUCAUAAUUUUUAACAUAACUGAAAUAAUAAAAAUGUUCACUUGCUUGUUCUUAUAGUUUGUUUGUCGGUUCACUUGGUUCAUCGACUGGUUCGCCGUUGUCACGUGGUUCUCUUCCCUAGUUACUUGUUUUACCUGCUGGUUGACCUGGUUCAACAGCUAGUUCAACACGUGCCUCACGUUGCUCACGUGGUUCACUUACUGGUCCACUUGGUUUAUUUUGCUUCGUAUGCAUGGUUUACCUGAUGCAUGUGCUUGUUCUCAUGUUUCUUCUCCUAGUUAUAAUAAUAACUUUAUUUAAGUGUUAGUUCACGUCAUUCAGCUGCUGGUGCCUUUAGUCUUCGUUCUGGUUCGCUUGCCUCACCUGCCUGCUUGGCUCUCUUGGUUCAUUUGCUGGUUCACUUGGUUCAUUUGCUCAACCAAGUGAACCAGCAGAUGAACCUAGUGAACCAGCAAGUGAGCAAAGUGAGCCAGCAAGAGGAACCAAGUUUUCUAGCAAGUGAACCAAGUAACUAAGCGAACCAGAAUUUAAGCAAAUCGAUUUUCG